AUGGCUACUCUCGACUUGUUGGGCUUGGCGCUCCCUGUGCCCCGCACGUUGCCGUCAUCGCAGCCCGCCCGUGCGACGGUCGCAGGCUCCCUCCGCGUCGCGUCGCUCCCAGUAGCGCGUGUGGCGAGCCGGCGGCCGCUUCAAGUGGUGGCGGUCGCAGCGGGCUCCGUGGAGGCCGAUUCGUCAGCCGACCUGGUGCUGGUGGAUCACUACAAGCGGCUCGGCGUCUCCAGAAACGCUAAUAACGCCGAGAUCUUCAAGGCGUUCGAGGCGCGGUGCGAGCAGCUGACGAGCAACCCGAACCUGGACGAGGAGGCGGCCCGGCAGCAACUGCUGUCGCUCGAGGUGUCACUGGACGUGCUGACGUCAGAGGAGGAGCGGCGGCUGUAUGACUGGGCCAUCAUCCGUGCGGAGCAGGGCAGCGCUGCCGAUUACGUGUGGCCCUUUGAGACUGACGUCACUCAGAAGAACUUCACCCAAGGCGUCGGCAACCCACCCCGCCCGAUGACUCCCGAUGACCCCGAGGGCACAGCCAAGCUCGGCUACUUCCUAAUGGCCUGGUUCGCCCUCUCCUGUGUCCUCAGCCUCACCCUCUACUAG